CUCGCGGGCGCCACGCCCAUGGGCUCAUUCAUCUCUGACCCGGGAGAGCGCGCUGGUUGUAGGUGUUCUGUAUGGACUGACCUGUUCUGUAGCUGCAGUAUUACUCGUUACCAAAAGGUGCUGUCAACGCAAACAAAGGGAAGAAAACAUGGACAAUGACAUCGCGACAGGGGACGUCAAAUUAAACCAUGCCAUCAAACAGUGGCUGCAGUUCGACAAGAACCCCAAGACGCUGGCGGCCGUGCGGGCGAUGCUGAAGGGGGGGUCGGUGGAGGAGCUGCGGCGCUGUUUUGGGGCGCGGAUGGAGUUUGGGACGGCAGGACUGCGGGCCGCCAUGGCCGGGAUCCCUGCAUGCGACUGCCAGGUGAGCCUGACCGUCAUCCAGACCACACAGGGGCUGUGCCGGUACCUGGAGCAGAGGUUCUCGGACCUGAAGGCGCGGGGCGUGGUGAUCGGGUUCGACGCGCGUGCGCACCCUGAGAGCGGCGGGAGCAGCAAGCGCUUCGCCCGCCUCGCCACCGCAGUGCUGAUUGGCCGCGGCGUUCCGGUGUACCUCUUCAGUGACAUCACUCCCACCCCAUUUGUGCCCUUCACAGUGUCCCACCUGAAGCUCUGUGCUGGGAUCAUGGUGACGGCGUCUCACAACCCGAAACAGGACAACGGCUACAAGGUGUACUGGGACAAUGGCGCCCAGAUCAUCCCGCCUCAUGACACGGGCAUCGCCAGCGCCAUCGAGGAGAGCCUGGAGCCCUGGCCCCAGGCCUGGGAGGACCAGCUGGUCCGGGACAGCCCGCUGGUGAAGGACCCCCUCCAGGACAUCCAGCGGAAGUACUUCCUGGCCAUUCAGGACAUGUGCUUCCACAGGAGCAUCAACAAGAGUUCAGAGGUCAAGUUUGUGCACACGUCUGUCCACGGAGUGGGGCACGCGUUCGUCCAGUCAGCGUUCCAGGCCUUUGAUCUGCGCCCCCCCUUCGCUGUCCCAGAGCAGAAGGAACCCGACCCCGAGUUCCCCACGGUCAAGUACCCCAACCCUGAGGAAGGAGAGGGGGUGCUGACGCUGUCCUUUGCUCUGGCGGAUAAAGAGGGGGCGACGGUGGUGCUGGCCAACGACCCCGACGCCGACCGGCUGGCCGUGGCGGAGAAACAGCAGAGCGGUCAGUGGCGGGUGUUCUCGGGGAACGAGCUGGGCGCUCUGCUGGGCUGGUGGCUGUUCCGCUGCUGGAGGCAGAAGUUUCCGGAACCUUCCAAGGUGAAGGACGUCUACAUGCUGGCCAGCACCGUGUCGUCUAAGAUCCUGCGCGCCAUCGCGCUCAAGCAGGGCUUCCACUUCGAGGAAACCCUGACUGGCUUUAAGUGGAUGGGGAACCGGGCCAAGCAGCUGCUGGACCAGGGCCGGACCGUGCUGUUUGCUUUCGAGGAGGCGAUAGGUUACAUGUGCUGUCCGGCGGUCCUGGACAAAGAUGGGGUCAGUGCUGCCGCCAUCGCAGCCGAGCUCACCUCCUACAUCAGCAAGCAGGGCAGCAGUCUGUCCCAGCAGCUCACCGCCAUCUACGAAGAGUACGGCUAUCACAUCACCAAGAACUCCUACUUCAUCUGCCACGACCAGGACACCAUCCGCGGCCUGUUCCAGCGGCUGCGUAACUUUGACGGGGAGAACACCUACCCCACACGGUGCGGCAGCUUCACCGUGUCCAGCGUGAGGGACCUCACCACCGGCUACGACAGCCAACAGCCAGACAAGAAGGCCGUGCUCCCCACCAGUAAGAGCAGUCAGAUGAUCACCUUCACCUUCUCAAACGGGGGCGUGGCCACCAUGAGGACCAGCGGCACCGAACCGAAGAUCAAGUAUUACACUGAGCUGUGCGCUGCACCUGGGAACAGUGACGUGAAGCGGCUGAAGAUGGAGCUGGAUGACUUGGUGGACGCCAUUGUGGAGCAUUUCUUUGAGCCGGAGAAGAACCACCUGGAGGGCAGGAAAGAGUGAGCGUGUGUGUGAGUGUGUGUGUGUGCGUGCAUGUGUGUGCGUGUGUGUGUGUGUGUGUGUGUGUGUGUGAGUGUGUGUGUGUGCGUGUAUGUGUGUGUGUGGUGUGUGCGUGUGUGUGUGUGUGUGUGAGAGCAGAGGCCCAGCCACAGGACCAGCAGGGACUUCCUUAUUACAGUUUCUUUUUUAAAAGGCAAAACGGUUUUGUCUUAAACUACUGCUUAAAAAACAUCUACCCGAGACGUUGCAUGAUGCAGUUAUUCUUCUCAUUAGGUGUCUUUGCAGCUGCGGUAAAAGUGAGUUUUUUAAUUGCAAAAUGCAGGUUAAUUUAGCGGGACAGGAUUUAUCUGGUGACUGAUCCCAGUUAACAGCUGCAUUACUCACAGGAAACAGAAGGGAAGACGCCUCUCUGCUUUCAGUGCUUUUGUGAGCGCCACAGAAACUGCAUUCAUGAGAUUCCCGUUUGUGAGAAGACUGAUUUCCACUGAUCUGUUGUGUGUCGGCUUCCUUACAGUCCUAGCCAGUAUGUCAGCAGCAAGCUGCUUAGUGUCUGUCCCGUUUGGCUCAAUCCAACAUGCUGGAGAGAGGUAAACUUAAACCACACGGCAUUUUGUGUAAAGCAAAAAAAAAAAUGCUGCUUUAUUUUGUGGUAAAUGUUUCAUAAUAAUUUCUCAUUCCUAAUGUGAAUGUCUGCCUGAAAUGCACUUCCAACAAUUUGUUGUUAGUUGUGUAAAUAGUUUAUUUCACGUUUUUUAAUAUAAAAAAUCUAUUGCCAGUGCUGUCAGAAUGGAAGAUACCUGCAGUGCCCUUCAGGCUAAACUGCAAAACAAACAAGUCUUCAGAUUCAGAUUCAGCCACAGCAGCUGCUGAUCUCACUUCUGUGUGACACAAACAUCACUAUUGCCUAACCCUAAAGCACAUAAACUGAUUUAGAUGCAGUGUUUUCAUAUGAAAUGUGUAUGUACACUUUGAAUAAUCAAAUAUAAAUUAUAGUAAAAAGAUUAAUAUAUUUACAAAUUCUAAAAUAUUAGCCAAAGUAUUAUUCAACUGAAUGACCCAGAAUCUGUGAUGUUUGAGGUUCUUGUAGAGCCUUUAGUCAUACAGCAUAUUUAUAUUCAGACUGACCAAGGAGAGUAGAGUAGAGUUUAUUGCAGGAUGUAUCAACUAAAAUGGGGUCAUUGCUGCACUUCAGUCCCAUUGUGUGCUGUCUGAAGCGUCUGUCUUUCUGUCCCCCAGAUACAGUCUACCGCAAAGUGUGUAAACACUGAUCAGUAUAUGAUUUGAGAUAUAGUCUAUCUCCUUUUGAGGACUCCUUGUUCCCCUCUGACAAUGCUUAAAUCAUGUGUUGGAGCAAAAAUAAUAAUUUCACAAGACUUAGAAAUGGAAUAUGAGGCAUACCAUUUCACAUUUACUGUGGUUUAACAGUAUCUGACUUGAAAUGUUUGCGUACCAUGUAAUAUUUUUUUCAGUGAGACAAUGUUUUGCUUAGGAUUGAGAAGGAGACCAAAUGCUAAACCCACAGUUGCACCUGUUACCACAAUAUAAUGUACUUGGCAUUUUACAACACUUGGAACAUUCCAAAUUAUGCAGCGCUCACAGUAGAAGUCUUAACCUUGCCACCACACAGCAGCUGUGUGGACGAAAGCAUUCACUACUUUCACUGGAUCACCUUCUCAGAGCUGUUAUUUAGCAUUUCAUUUAUAUUGCCCAAAUUAUGCAUCAGUAUCCAUAAAAAGAUUAGAGUUUAUGGGGUAGCAGCCAAGCCAAGAUCAAAAUGCAGCGCACUAAUAUUUAGAUUUUUAAAUAAGAAAUACUUCCUGCUCCUUGAAAGUACAGUAUACCCCUUAGCUAUAGUAUUAAAUAACAUUGCUUAGCUGCAGUACCUCAUGAACAUCACCCCCUGACUUGUAUAACUGGAGAUGAACUGCCAGUGUGGUGGGGGGAUAGUUCAUUGAGUUACAAUAACAUUCGCCAUUCUGUUACUCCAGUGCACGGCUGCCAUUUUAACUGCGCCUGUCAGGCCCGGUCCACAGAUUUAAUUACUACAGCUGUAGGAACAAUGUGGCCAGGGUCAUGUGACCUGACAGCUCAGCUUUUUGUGUGUGUGUGUUGUAUGCACACGCACCUGUGUGUAUGUUUGACCGAAAGACAGAUCUUGUUUAUACUUUAGAAGCCAGUCUUUGUCACUAAAGGCUGCAGAGCUGUAAGAAUUUCCCCACUGCAUAUCCACUGGUUUCCCCACUGCAUAUCCACUGGUUACCCCACUGCAUAUCCACUGGUUACCCCACUGCAUAUCCACUGGUUACCCCACUGCAUAUCCACUGGUUUCCCCACUGCAUAUCCACUGGUUACCCCACUGCAUAUCCACUGGUUUCCCCACUGCUUAUCCACUGGUUUCCCCACUGCAUAUCCACUGGUUUCCCCACUGCAUAUCCACUGGUUUCCCCACUGCAUAGCCACUGGUUUCCCCACUGCAUAUCCACCGGUUUCCCCACUGCAUAUCCACUGGUUUCCCCACUGCUUAUCCACUGGUUUCCCCACUGCAUAUCCACUGGUUUCCUCACUGCAUAUCCACUGGUUUCUCCACUGCGUAUCCACCGGUUCCCCCACUGCAUAUCCACCGGGUUUAGCACGAUUACCGGCAGUCUGAGGAAAGCCGUUUAAUACACAACAGUGAUGAAAACCUCAAUACCAUCGUUGUUUUACUGUUUUCCGUUUGAAAAUCUGCUUCAGGGUUCCACUUUAAUGCUUUCUAUGAUUUGAAUAAAGUUCACUGAACUACA